AUGGAGAAAUUUCAAAGAACUCUUCCUGCUUCGUGGUACCGGAGCCUUCCACUCUAUCAGCUUGAGCGCCGUGCUGUGUUUCUGAAGGCCUGGUACUUGCUCGGCCCAGCAACUCGCUUCCAGGAGGUUGAUGCCAAAGUUCAAUAUGAAAUUGCCCAGGAGCGUCUAUACGUUCAAAGGCAUUCUGGUACCUCUGCACUUCCAACUUCGCAAGAGCUGAGAGUCAUCCAUGAGCGCACUGGUGCGGAAUUACCUAGCCACCUUACACCGACUGGGCUUCUAUUCUCUGGGAUAUCGCAGGACGCACCAGAUUUCUAUGAAUUCUACCCCGAUCUAGAGCCCCUUCUAGCAAAAGUGGACUUUACUAGGCUCCCGUAUCGCCGCAGCAUCAAGUAUGAAGGGAGCUUCAACUGGAAAACUAUGGUGGAUGGUUAUCAAGAAUGUCUACAUUGUCAAUAUACUCACCCUUCAUUUUCUAUCUAUUACCCCCCGACAUUCUACACUGUCUAUAACCACUUGAACUUUUCCCAACAUAUCGCCGACCCAAAGAAGCCAGAUGACGGGUUAUUCCUCUACUUCUUUCCAAAUUGCACACUAAACGUGUACGGCGGAGGAAUGUCCUCGUUCCGAGUUUGUCCAACUGGUGAUCCUAACGUUACUAGGAUGGAAUUCGACUACUACCAUCUCGAAUCAGGCGAGAAGUUCGAAGAAUAUUUCAAAUUUGUUCGUCAGGUGGCCAUGGAAGACUAUGAGCUGUGUGAAAGGGCGCAGGGAAACUUGCAGAAUGGCGUGUAUAACGAGGGAAUUUUGAAUCCGGUCAAAGAGACUGGAGUGGCAUACUAUCAAAGUCGGGUCUUUGACCUAGUCACUGAGCAGCAUAGGCUCGAGAAAGCGAGCGAAGAUCCGGAAAAGGCGGUGGAGGGCGGGAAGAACCACUCUACACAAGCUGCUACAGUUCUCUGUAACUAG